CCAGGCAGCAGUUAUUAACACGGGAACAUGGCGGCCGCAGCCUCCGCUACGGCUUCGGCGGCGAAGGUCAGCGCCGACGGCAGCAGGCACCUGACGGCGUGACCGGGACCCGAGCCGAUUUCUCUUGGAUUUGGCUGUGCACUUAGAGAUCUUCUGCGCUGUGUACAGGCACAGAUCCAGAGAAGCAGCUGAGCUCUGAUUUGAACUGCAGAGGCUGUGGACAAUUACAAGUUGCUGAUAUGUGUUCAAGAUGAGUGGGAUGGGAGAAAAUACCUCUGACCCGUCCAGGGCAGAGACAAGAAAGCGUAAGGAAUGUCCUGACCAGCUUGGACCCAGUCCCAAAAGGAACACUGAGAAGCGUAACCGUGAACAGGAAAACAAAUACAUCGAAGAACUUGCAGAGUUGAUUUUUGCAAAUUUUAAUGAUAUAGACAACUUUAACUUCAAACCUGACAAAUGUGCAAUCUUGAAAGAAACUGUGAAGCAAAUUCGUCAGAUCAAAGAACAAGAGAAAGCAGCAGCUGCCAACAUAGAUGAAGUGCAGAAGUCCGACGUGUCGUCCACCGGGCAGGGUGUCAUCGACAAGGAUGCGCUGGGGCCCAUGAUGCUGGAGGCCCUUGAUGGGUUCUUCUUUGUAGUGAACCUGGAAGGCAACGUGGUGUUUGUUUCAGAGAAUGUGACACAAUAUCUAAGGUAUAACCAAGAAGAGCUGAUGAACAAAAGUGUAUAUAGCAUCCUGCAUGUUGGGGACCACACAGAAUUUGUCAGAAACCUGCUGCCAAAGUCUAUAGUGAAUGGGGGCUCCUGGUCUGGUGAGCCCCCCAGGCGGAACAGCCACACCUUCAACUGUCGAAUGCUGGUGAAACCUCUGCCUGACUCAGAGGAGGAGGGUCAUGAUAACCAGGAAGCACAUCAGAAAUACGAAACUAUGCAGUGCUUUGCUGUCUCUCAACCAAAGUCCAUCAAAGAAGAGGGAGAAGAUUUGCAGUCAUGCUUAAUUUGUGUGGCGAGAAGAGUGCCCAUGAAGGAAAGACCAAUUCUCCCCUCAUCAGAAAGUUUUACUACUCGCCAGGAUCUCCAAGGCAAGAUCACUUCUCUGGACACGAGCACCAUGAGAGCAGCCAUGAAGCCCGGCUGGGAGGACUUGGUGAGGAGGUGCAUUCAGAAGUUCCACGCACAGCACGAAGGGGAGUCCGUCUCCUAUGCCAAGAGGCACCAUCACGAAGUACUGCGACAAGGAUUGGCCUUCAGUCAGAUCUAUCGAUUUUCCUUGUCUGAUGGCACUCUUGUUGCUGCGCAAACGAAGAGCAAACUCAUCCGUUCUCAGACCACUAAUGAACCUCAGCUCGUGAUAUCUUUACAUAUGCUUCACAGAGAGCAGAAUGUGUGUGUCAUGAAUCCGGACCUGACUGGACAAGCGAUGGGGAAGCCAUUGAAUCCAAUUAGCUCUAGCAGCCCUGCCCAUCAGGCCAUGUGCAGUGGGAACCCAGGUCAGGACAUGACCCUCAGUAGCAAUAUAAAUUUCCCCAUAAAUGGCCCAAAGGAACCAAUGGGCAUGUCUCUGGGCAGGUUUGGUGGUUCUGGGGGCAUGAACCAUGUGUCAGGCAUGCAAGCAACCACUCCUCAGGGUAGUAACUAUGCACUUAAAAUGAGCAGUCCCUCACAGAGCAGCCCUGGCAUGAACCCAGGACAGCCCACCUCCAUGCUUUCACCAAGGCAUCGCAUGAGCCCCGGAGUAGCUGGCAGUCCUCGAAUCCCCCCCAGUCAGUUUUCCCCCGCAGGAAGCUUGCAUUCCCCCGUGGGAGUUUGCAGCAGCACAGGAAAUAGCCAUAGUUAUACCAACAGUUCCCUCAAUGCACUUCAGGCCCUCAGCGAGGGGCACGGGGUUUCACUGGGGUCAUCGUUGGCUUCGCCGGACCUAAAAAUGGGCAAUUUGCAAAACUCCCCAGUUAAUAUGAAUCCUCCCCCACUCAGCAAGAUGGGAAGCUUGGACUCCAAAGACUGUUUUGGACUUUAUGGGGAGCCAUCUGAAGGUACAACUGGACAAGCCGAGAGCAGCUGCCACCCCGGAGAGCAAAAGGACACGAGCGAUCCCGGCAUGGGCCAGGCCGUGAGCAGCGAACGAGCUGACGGACAGAGCAGGCUGCAUGACAGCAAAGGGCAGACCAAACUCCUCCAGCUGCUGACCACCAAGUCUGAUCAGAUGGAGCCCUCGCCCUUAUCCAGCUCUUUAUCGGACACAAACAAGGACUCCGCAGGCAGUUUGCCUGGCUCUGGGUCAACCCAUGGGACCUCGCUCAAGGAGAAGCAUAAAAUUUUGCACAGACUCUUGCAGGACAGCAGCUCCCCUGUGGACUUGGCCAAGUUAACGGCAGAAGCCACAGGCAAAGAGCUGAGCCAGGAGUCCAGCGGCACAGCUCCUGGGUCGGAAGUGACUGUGAAGCAAGAGCCGGUGAGCCCCAAGAAGAAAGAGAAUGCACUACUUCGUUACUUGCUAGACAAAGAUGAUACUAAAGAUAUUGGUUUACCAGAAAUAACCCCCAAACUGGAGCGGCUGGACAGUAAGACAGACCCUGCCAGUAACACAAAGCUGAUAGCUAUGAAAACUGAGAAGGAGGAGCUGAGCUUUGAGCCCAGUGACCAGCCUGGCAGUGAGCUGGACAACUUGGAGGAGAUUUUGGAUGAUUUGCAGAAUAGUCAAUUACCACAGCUUUUCCCAGACACGAGGCCAGGCGCCCCUGCUGGAUCAGUUGACAAGCAAGCCAUCAUCAAUGACCUCAUGCAACUCACAGCUGAGAACAGCCCUGUUACACCUGUUGGAACUCAGAAAACAGCAUUGCGAAUUUCACAGAGCACUUUUAAUAACCCACGACCAGGGCAGCUGGGCAGGUUAUUGCCUAACCAGAAUGUACCACUUGACAUCACAUUGCAAAGCCCAACUGGUGCUGGACCUUUCCCACCAAUCAGAAACAGUAGUCCCUACUCAGUGAUCCCUCAGCCAGGAAUGAUGGGUAACCAAGGGAUGAUAGGAAACCAAGGAAAUUUAGGGAGCAGUAGCACAGGAAUGAUUGGUAGCAAUGCUUCCCGGCCCACCAUGCCAUCUGGGGAAUGGGCACCGCAGAGUGCAGCUGUGAGAGUCACCUGUGCCGCCACCACCAGUGCCAUGAACCGGCCCAGCCAAGGAGGAUUGAUUCGGAACCCAACAGCCAGCAUCCCCAUGAGGCCCAGCAGUCAGCCUGGCCAGAGACAGAUGCUGCAGUCUCAGGUCAUGAAUAUAGGGCCCUCUGAACUAGAGAUGAACAUGGGGGGACCUCAGUAUAGCCAACAACAAGCGCCUCCAAACCAGACUGCCCCAUGGCCCGAAAGCAUCCUGCCUAUCGACCAGGCGUCCUUUGCCAACCAAAACAGGCAGCCUUUUGGCAGCUCUCCCGAUGACUUGCUGUGCCCGCAUCCCGCAGCCGAGUCUCCAAGUGAUGAGGGAGCUCUCCUGGACCAGCUCUACCUGGCACUGCGGAAUUUCGAUGGCCUGGAGGAGAUUGACAGAGCUCUGGGAAUACCCGAGCUGGUCAGCCAGAGCCAAGCAGUGGAUCCAGAACAGUUCCCCAGUCAGGACUCCAACAUGAUGCUGGAGCAGAAGGCCCCCGUGUUCCCACAGCAGUAUGCAUCUCAGGCACAAAUGGCACAGGGUAGCUACACUCCCAUGCAAGAUCCAAACUUCCACACCAUGGGACAGCGGCCUAGUUACGCCACCCUCCGCAUGCAGCCCCGGCCAGGCCUCAGGCCCACGGGCCUGGUGCAGAACCAGCCGAACCAACUGAGACUUCAGCUGCAGCAUCGCCUCCAAGCACAGCAGAAUCGCCAGCCACUUAUGAAUCAAAUCAGCAACGUCUCAAAUGUAAACUUGACUCUGAGGCCUGGAGUCCCAACACAGGCACCUAUUAAUGCACAGAUGCUGGCGCAGAGACAGAGGGAGAUCCUGAACCAGCAUCUUCGACAGAGACAAAUGCAUCAGCAGCAGCAAGUUCAGCAGCGAACUUUAAUGAUGAGAGGGCAAGGGCUGAACAUGACGCCAAGCAUGGUGGCUCCUAGUGGUCUACCAGCAACUAUGAACAACCCCCGGAUUCCCCAGGCAAAUGCUCAGCAGUUUCCAUUUCCUCCGAACUACGGACUAGGUCAGCAACCUGAUCCAGGCUUUGCUGGGGCCACAGCCCCCCAGAGUCCUCUGAUGUCGCCCCGCAUGGCGCACACCCAGAGCCCCAUGUUGCAGCAGUCUCAGGCCAACCCGGCUUACCAGGCGCCCUCCGACAUGAACGGAUGGGCCCAGGGCAGCAUGGGCGGAAACAGCAUGUUUUCACAACAGUCCCCACCACACUUUGGGCAGCAAGCAAACACCAGCAUUUACAAUAACAACAUGAACAUCAGUGUAUCCAUGGCGACCAACGCAGGCGGCAUGAGCAACAUGAACCAGAUGACAGGACAGAUCAGCAUGACCUCAGUGACCUCCGUGCCUACGUCGGGGCUGUCCUCCAUGGGUCCCGAGCAGGUCAAUGAUCCUGCUCUGAGGGGAGGCAACCUUUUCCCAAACCAGCUGCCUGGAAUGGAUAUGAUAAAGCAAGAGGGAGAUGCAUCACGGAAAUACUGCUGACGCUGAAGGCCGCUGGUUGCUGCUGCUUCGGCUGACCGGGCUCACUUGCUCACAACACCUCCUCGUCUGGAGAGCUGUGGCUACUUGUUCUGACUCAACUGACCUACCAGCCAGCUCUGCCAGGGCAAGAUCAGCAGGCGGGCCUGGGCCCCUCCCUGCGCGGAGCCCCUGGGCUGCGGCAGGCAGAGCGGCCUCUCUCCUGGACAGCCUGAAGCUCGCGCGCAGACAGUCGCUCCGUCUGUUCACUGCAUUCACCUUAGUGCAACUUAGAUCUCUCCUGCAAAGUCAGUGUCGACAGGCAAAUUUCAUCCCAUGUCAGAUUGAAUGUAUUUAAAUGUAUGUAUUUAAGGAGAGCCAUGCUCUUGUUCGGUUCCAGACACUGGUUUCUUGCUUUGUUUUCCCUGGCUAAUCAGUCUAGUACAAAAGAUUUAAGAUUUCAUCUGGGGGAAAAGAAAAGAAUUAAAAAACUAAACCAAACAACUAAAAAGUGUUUCAAGCUAAAGCCUGCAUUUGGGAUGGAACAGGGCAGACGCCACGGACCGCGCUGUGUGUGCAGAAACACCCAAGAAGGAAAGACCAACACGUCGUGGUUGUAUCUCUGUAGAAAACUCUGGAGACCACACUGGAAAGAGCUUGCAGUUACUGAACAGAAGAAAAGGAGCCUGUGAGAGGGCUGUUAACAUUAUGCGUCUGUGUUCCUCUUUUUUUCUGUUUGUUAAAACCAAACUAGUUCACCUAAAUCAUGAAUCAAGAAGAAAUGCUUUCAAUUUCUAAAUUAAGUUCCUUUCAGAAUAAUCAGACAGCUUGAAUUAGCAUUCCCCCCCCCCCCCCACCUCGCUGCAAUCCUGACCCUGCCCUUCCCUGCUCUCCUGUCCCCACCCAUCCUCCUGGCUUCCAUUCACCUCUUUAAAAUAAGCUGCAGAAACCAGGUAAGCCCUGUAUUGCCGUAAGUGUCCGGCUAGCCACUUACCAAUUGCUAACUAUUGGAUUUCAGAAAAAUGCAUUUCCUGGCAAGGAGAGGAGCCAAGUGAAGACUGGAUUCCAGUCCAGCUAAGGACGCCUGCUUUGGAAGCAUGUUUGUUUCUGUCCCCAGCAACUCUGGCCUCCGCACCAGGAGGGUGUAACUAACUACUAGUGGGUUUAAAUUGACAGCAGACAUCACGACAGAUUUAACCUCUGCCAUGGGCUUUUUUAUUUUGUUUUUUAGCAGUGCUGACUAAGCCGAAGUUUUGUAAGGUACAUAAAAUCCAAUUUAUAUGUAAACAAGCAAUAAUUUAAGUUGAGAACUUAAGUGUUUUAAUUGUAUAAUUUUUGUGAGGUAUACAUAUUGUGGAAUUGACUAAAAAAUGAGGUACUUCAGUAUUAAAUUAGAUAUCUUCAUAGCAAUGUCUCCUAAAGGUGUUUUGUAAAGGAUAUCAAUGCCUUGAUUAGAUCUAAUUUGUAGACUUAAGACUUUUUAUUUUCUAAACCUUGUGAUUCUGCUCAUAAAUCAUUUAUCUAUAGGAUAUGCAGCCGCUGUAGGAACCAACUCUUGAUUUUUAUAUGUUUAUAUUCUUUCUUAAUGACCUUAGAAAGACUACACGUUACUGAGCAGGCCACUUUUAUGGUUGUUUUUCUUGCCCACUCUGGUAGGGGAAUGACCCUGUAUUCCUCGGCGUCGGUUUCAGACAACUGCAAUACCUAGAAACUGACAGCCUUUUUUUGAGGUAUUUCUCCCCAAACCCCGACACAGUACUUUCUUACCUAAAUUUCAGAGGGAUAUCUUUUUGAUGUCUAAAAAGCAAAGCAUUUUAUAAUAUCUCAUUAGCCAGGCUUUUUAGGAACAAAGAAGUUUUUUUCCUUGAACUGUGUUUGUUUAUUUGUGGCAGGGUGAAAAAUGUACAACCUCCCCUAUUUAUAUUGAUAUCUCUCUCUCUACGUGCAGAUUGUGGAAGUACAGAGAGAGAUAUAGCCCAAAGAUAAAUGCUGAAUAGACAGUCUGGGAGUGUUGCUCCUUACUAAAGAAACCUGGAAAUUUGCAUUUCGAGACCUUUUUCCACUUGAGAGGGAUCUCAGUACAGGGAGGUGGCCACAGAACAGCACUUCUCAGCGGCCACCAGUUCACGUCCCCUCCAAGGCGCGACUUCUGCACCACACCCUUGGGUUGCCCAGCCGUGCAGGUGUUGGCCCGGAACUCCAGGACCUCACCCCAGGGAUGAGGCACACGUGCACACCAUGUAAUGUGACCGGUUUUAAGUUACUCUUUAGAAAUCUGUGAAUUAGAAUGACUUUUAACUUCACACAGCACAAGAGAGAAAUAGAGUGCAAACUGGAUUUGUUUUGUUUUGAGUUGUAAGUCCCUUUUCACUCUUAACACCAUCCAAAAAUAUCCAUGUAUCUUUUGUUGUUUCCCUCUUUGGCCCACUGUGUUUUCAUGUCGAUCCCAGUUGAGAUAAGUCUGCAAACGUGUGAUGCUGGUCAUUUCGAGUGGUUGGCGAUCCUUACUGUUAGAAGGGAAAGAGAUUACAAAUGCUCUUCUGGUUCAGGUCAGGUAAUGGAUUUUGUUUCCCAUCCCAUUAGGAGAAAAGUAAGUGAAUGAGUGCUCUGAUCAUAUUGAUCACCACAGCAGCAAAAGCCAAAUCCGUUCCUUUCGUUAUCAGUAUUUCUCAUGCUGUACACAAUAAAUUUGUUAGACGGAAUACUUGGUUUUUGUUGAAUAGAACAAAUAAUCAGUGUUUUACUUAUAUUACUAAAUGUGAAAAACAUAAUGUGAAAAGUAUACAUACAUUAACUUGGUUGUAAAACUCAUUUAAGUGUUCAUGUAACGUGGUAAGUUUAAAAAGUGAAGUGAGCUGUUUUACUACAAUGAAUUCGUUUGACUCAAAGAUAAAAAUGCCCCUCCCCCCCCCACGUGUAUCUCUUAUGGCCUGUGAUCAUUGAAAGCAAUGUUUUUGCAGUUUAUAUGAUGCGAUUUUUAAUCUGUGUUUAAAAAUGGAGUUCCUAUGGGCUUAACACAUGAAAUGGGUGGCACAGAUCCACUUGCAGAACCCAAAGAUACACAAUCAAUUUUGAAAUGCAACUUAAGCCAUUAAUUGUUGGUGUGAAUUUAAAAUUUUCUAGUGUUUGUAUGGUAGUAUGCUGCCUAAAAGCAAAGCAUUCUCUGCACAAAAGAAAAUUACUGUAGUGGCUUCGAUUUUAAUUAGAAUUUUCUCCCUGGUGUUUCUUUAUAGACUAAAACAAAAUCUUUUAAGUUUCUUACUACAGGUAAAAGCUAUGUGCAAGAACCUCAAAAUGCUAAAAUCUAGCAUAAUGCCUUAGAUCUGUUUUUAAGUCUUGUAUAUUCCUACAUAGCUGUCCGAUGUAUUAUAUUUGUAUAGUGAAUUGUGUACAAUUUUUGAAUAAGUGCAUCAUCACUAAACCUUUAUGUUGUUGAGCGGUGAUGAUGAUACAUUUCUUCAGACAUUUAACUGUCAUUUUUUUUUCCUUUGUCAUUUGUGGGUUUUAUUUGUACAGUUCCUCAUGAAGUUGCAUCUGAGAUGUGUGUAUAUGAAAAGAUUAUACAAGGGUAAAAUUAAGCAAUAUAUUAACUACGGUUCUUCAGGAGAAAGCUUACAGUGUUUCAGGUUGUGAUUUAUUUUCCAAAUGGAGUUGACUCUGAGCAUCACUUUGUUCACCUGCAUUGAUGUUUGUAUUCCUAGUGUGAGCAGUUUAUGCAAAGGUAGAUAUAUUCAGAGAAAUUUUAAAGACAUUUAUGCAAGUUAAUAUUGCUUUGCUGAUGCUAUUUGCUUAUUUGAUGUUAAAUAAUGCUAUUGUAAAUAAAGAAUUCUGUUGUUAUUGCAUCAUUUAAUAAAUUUUAAUGCCUUCGGGUUUUACAUGG